AUGGAAUUCCAGAAAAGAAAAUCGAUGGCUUCGCUUAAUAAACUCAAAGACAAAGCGGGUAGUAAUGUUAAUAUUAAUCAUCGAUUAAGUCGAAUUACCCCAACCGCACUCCAAAAUUUGAUAUACUCCGUAGACAUUGGCAAGCGACACAGGCGUUAUGCUAUUCUUCAGGAAGCUCCACCGGAAUUCACCCACAGUAGACUGCGAUAUUUCCUCCUCAUGUACUCAAAUACAGCCUGGAAAUUAUUCAUCAUGAUGACAUUGUUUAUAGCAUACUUUCUAGACACAUGUCUCUACACAUUCUUCGAACAACACGCAAGGCCACUUUGGAUGAUCGUGGUCCUUAUAUCUUUAAAUUUUGUCUUCACUUUUGACGUAUGCGUAGUUGUUGGUUUAAAAUUAUCUAAGAAAUGGAGAAAGACUCUAAAUUUAAUGGAGGCUGACACCUUUAAAGUAAUAUUUGAUGUUAUACUCGCGAUUCCGUUCUGCUUCCUUUACCUAAUAUCAUUUCCAAAAAAUGUUUCCGUUUUCGAUUUCUAUGCAAUUGCCCCAAUAGUGGCACUACUACGGAUCUACAGAAUACUAGAAUACUUUUACGGUAAAUCCUUACAAGCUGGGAGUAAUCAAUGGAUUACGUUUCUAGGACAAUAUCUGGUACUAUUCGUAUUAUCUGCUCACACAUGGACUUGCAUUUGGUAUCUAUUUUCGUCCAGAACUUUCGAUUUACACAAGAUUCGCGAUUCGUGGUCCAUUUCGGCAGUAUAUUUACCAACUGAGACAACAUCCGAUUGGUAUUUCGUAUGUGCGUAUUGGUCAGUUACGUUCCUAACGACCAAUGCACUAGGUGACCUGUACCCAAUGACCACAACCGAAAGAAUGAUAGCCACUUUGUCAAUAGUACUUGGAUUCACACUAACGACGAUUGUGUUCGUCGGCUCAUUGACUUCGCAGUUUAUAACAAUGACUACAAGACGUUCAAAAUAUGUAAGACAGCUAAAUAAAAUAAGGAAUCAUUUACGACUGAUUCGUAUGGAUAAAGAAACAACAAGACGGAUCAUAAGAUAUUAUGAAGAUCUAUGGUAUCAAAAAUCGGGAGUUUUCAAACCAAAAUUAAUGAAAUUGCUGCCGAGUCCGUUACAAAUGGAAAUAUGCUACGAUUUGAAUGCCGUGCCUCUAUACAGCUCUUUAGUCUUCAGAAAGUUGCCAGAAGCAUUCCUCAGAAGACUGUCACUAGCAAUGACUCAUCAAUUUUAUUUACCGGGCGAUGUUGUUUACGAGCAUAAUCAAAACAAGACCAUUAUGAUUUGCGUCACUAAUGGCGUUGUAGAACUACUAUCAGACCAAGAUGAUGAAAGUCCCAUGAUUUCGUUUUGUAAGGGAACUUGCUUCGGGGAAAUUUCCCUAAUUUAUAAUAUACCAGCACGAUGUACUGUGAAAGCUGCAACGUAUGUAGAAUGUCAAGUUCUAGAGAAAACUGAAUUCAUUAAACUAAUGAUUACAUAUCCAGAGGUAGAAACCAAAAUUCGCAAAGAAAUUGAUGCCAGGAUUGCAAGAGCUCACAAUAGAAAAAAAGACAGCGGAACUAAAAGCCUUAAUUUGAACAUUUAUGUUUCUAAAGAUAAGAGGAAAAGCAGAAUCAAAUGCUUGAAAGACAAACUACGCUUUAUUCAGGGAAAAACGGACGUAGAUACAGUAACAAACGAAGAUAUGCUUGAUGAACAUUGCUUAGAUUUGUACAUUAUAUCUGAACAUACAAAGAAACGAACAAUUCCGUUCACGUGUAUAACGCCCAAAUUUCCGUGGAUAUUAGAACACAAAUGCCGCUUAGUAAAGUACUGGGAACUGUACAUGCUCUUUGUGGUCUUUUAUAUUUGUCUAUUUUACCCUUACUUCAUUGGCAUCGCGAGGUAUAUUCCCGGUGGAUUUUUCUUCUCAUCACAAGUUGUUGUAACCGUUUCUUUGAUAUUUAAUUUGACAAUAACAUGUGUAACCGCUAUAAAAACGAAGAAAAAGUAUAUAAACGAGUUUUGGCAAAUAGUGAAUUAUAGAAUGAAUACUCUAGGAUUUUACCUGGAUAUGAUAGCAAUAAUACCAUUUGAGCACAUAAUAACGAUCCACUCGACUGCCUUAUAUCGUGACAUGCAUCGAGAUCAUUUGUUCUACGUGUGCAAAGGCGUUAAACUGUGUUUGAUUUGGAGACUCUCAAACUUUUUGGAUAACUUGGAAAGAAGGUUAUUAUUGAAUUCCCUCAUGGUGAAGGUUACUAAAUAUUGUAUAUAUAUUUUCUUGUUAUGUUACUGGUGUGGAGUAAUUUUGUACAUGGAAGCAUGCUUUGUAAAACGAUGCGCCGAAGAUUCCUGGUUUACAAAGGCAUUGAAUUUGAAUGAGCAUUCACAUAAAUUUAUAAGCAAAGUGGAUUAUCCUCUUCUGUCAUCGGUAUACUUUGCCACGACAAUAUUAUUAUCGGCUGGCUAUGGUGACUUCGCACCUGGAGACAAAUUUGACAUGGCCUUUGUGGCGUUCCUCAGUCUAUACGGAGUCCUACUGAUCGGAUAUUGUAUCUCGGAAUUCUCUGCGAUUGUCACGCAUUGGGCGAGGACAAAAACUGCGUUUUUGGAAGUAAUAAUAACGAUUGACAAAUUCAUGAUGGAAAAUAAUAUGCAUCCGGCAAUAAAGAACCGAAUAAUGGCUUUUUACGAAUUGCAGUGGCAGUAUAAUUCGGGUGUCGAGUUAACUGGUGACAACUGGUUGGAAAAAACAAUAGUGCCAACAGAGCUGCGAAAGAAGGUGCUACAUCAAGCUAGAUUUAAAGCUUUGACGUCAAUAAAAUUCUUUCAAGUCAAGAACAAAGCGUACAUUCAUACUCUUACAGAAUCGGCAAGGGACAUAAUAUUACCUCCAGGAGAAAUAGUCUAUUACGGAGGCACGGUUUCUCGAGAGUUGUAUAUUAUUGAAAGUGGAUACUGUUUAGUAACUAAUGAUGAAUUAAAAGAGAAAAAUAAAGAAAGAAUUAUAGGGCCUGGAAAUCAUAUGGGUUUGCUCGUCCUGCUUUAUGGCGUUCCUGCUGUUAGCACUAUGAUUACUUUGACACACUGUAAAUUGAUAAGCGUAAGCUACGCUGCUUACACCUCGGCACUAAGUUUGUUUCCUGACAUGAGAGAGCACGUGAACCUUCUAUCGUAUGAUGAACUAGAUGAAAUGACGAUACAAGCCGAUACCCAAACAUCUGGCGAGUUUUUGAAACACUAUAAUCAAAUGGCAAAAACGCAAAGCGUAAUGAAAAUUACUAACAUUCUACAAGAUUUUUUAAAUGAUUCAUUCAUAAAUGUUUUAAAUGAUUAUGAGAAGAAAAAACAAAGCUAUUGGAAGUCUUACAAACAAUUCCAUAUUUUGAACAACAUUGCGCCUUACUUUCUCAUGCCAAUCGCAAUCACUCCAAACGGAAUAUUCCUGAAGGCCUGGGCCUUUUUUAGAUUAACUGUCGCGUUUUUACUGUGCCUCAUUAUACCGAUAGUCGUAUCCAUGGCUCCUAUGUUCACAAUGUUUAAUGAAACAGUAAUGUUCUUAGAAACAGUGUGCUAUGUAGACUUAUACUUAAAACUACACAUUGCAUAUUAUGGAUCAAAAAAUCAACUUAUCUACCAUCCGUAUUUAACUGCUAAGAACUAUUUGAAACGAACGUUCACAUUAGACCUGCUGACAUGUUUCCCUUGGUAUGCCUUGUGGAAGUUGUUCGUACCGAAACACAACGAAGGCCACACACCGGAAGACCACGAGUUCAACCCACAUAUGUACCACUGUAUCAUACGAAUGGUCAACAUUAUGCAAAUAUACAAGUUAUAUUCUGCGUUCUGGGCUGAAUCUAUUGCUGCUCUGAAAAGGGCUUACUUGAUGAGCGUUGUUCAAUUUCUAAUGUUGACUUUGUUCUUCCUAAACCUAUAUACCUGUAUACUGAUAACGUUCUCAUGCAGAUACGUUAUAGGCGUCGAUGAAGAUGAUUUUAAACAUAAAGUGUCAAUGUUGUCGUUAAGAAAACCUUACAGACCCGCGGUAUUCCAUCCUGAUGGGAGCAUGAUUUGUCAGCUUGGUUCCUGGAUUGACGAAUCUCAGAUCAUAAAAGGGAAUCAUUUGACACCGACUAAGGUGUACCUGUUGGCUUACUACUGGGCCGCUACCAGCUUCAGUGGGGCAGGGUUUGGAGACAUAACAGCUCAAGAUACUUGGCACAUGAUAUUGUCAAUUUUGAUUUUGUUGCAUGGAGUAUUAUUCUUUGGAUAUGUAUAUGCGAGAAUAGCAUCACUCAAGGCUAUGGCUGACCAAGUGGUGACAAGAUUCUUAGAAAACUUGAGGCAUUUGGAACUAUUUAUGAACAGAGAGCAAGUGCCGUUGGGUCUGAAGAAAUCUAUAAUCGAAUAUUGGAAAUAUCAAUGGAAAAGAACCGGAGGGUGGUCGCAUCAAAAAAUACUGGGUAAACUGCAUGCAAAUUUGAACGAAGACGCCGUGUUGUAUAUGUACGAAAAAACGCUACGCGAAAUACCGUUGUUCGAAAACGUGGAAAACUCUUUCUUUAGAGCUUUUGCUAAAAAGCUGAAAGAACAAUAUUUCCAGAAAGGCUACAUGGUAAUGAGGGCUAAUGAAGUUAUGAACGUCAUGUUCAUCAUAUAUAGAGGAAAGGUGGACGUCAUAAGCGACAUAAAUGAGGUGGAAGCGUGCAUGGGCCCUGGCGGAAUCUUCGGGAACAUCAGAGGCGCGUACAAAUUUCGGACUAUGUCUAAUAUAGUCGCAUCUAGAAACAUUGAUCUGCUGAAAAUACGCGGCGCCGAGUUUUAUGCACUAAUGAAGAGUUACCCUACUGUUUAUAGAAAGGUUAAAUACUCUGUUGAUUCAACGGCCAAAGACUAUGUGCUGCCUACGAUUAUGAUUGACGAAGUUGUAAGUCACGUGCCGGAAACACAUCCUUCGACAUACGAAGACGAGGCCGAAGAAGAAGAAGAAGAAAGAGAUGGGGAUCUGUCUCAAGAUAUAGAAAAAAGUAUCGUCUCGGGUUCCCAUUGCUCCAAAUCUCAGAUGUCAAUGACACAUGCGGAUUAUGCCUCGUCAGUAUGGCUAAUAAUAUUGCCACACAAGUGGUUUCGCAGCAGUGUCAUAUCUGACAGCAAAUGGGUGACAUUUAUGGAAUACUUUAUCAUUUUCUUAGCGUAUGCAGAAUUCAUGAUUCUAGUUUAUCAGCUAGCGUUUCUAUCUGUCCCAUACUAUUUCUACAUUUGUAUAGUGAUGGACGUAAUUUUCUUCUAUAAACUGUUCCUGGACUUCCACACGGGAUACAUGAAUCGUUACGGCGACUACGUACUGAAUCCCCAGAAAGUGAGAAAAAUGUAUUUCUCAAAAGUGUACCUACGGAGACGUGACUUGCUAGCCAACCUGCCAGUGUGCUACUUCUCCCUCCUCAUACGUUUACCUCCAGACAUUAGUCUAGCCCUAUUCUGCUACUUGCGCACGCCGCAGAUAUUCAGAAUAUCUUACUUAUUCACUUAUCAAACUCACAGAAAAAUAAACAUUGGCUCGGCGAAUUUGUUCGUUAAAUUGACAACAAUAAUAAUUUGGGCGUCAAUACUGUCCCAUGUGACCGCUUGCCUAUUCUUCAAGCUGUCUUGUCUAACACCGAAGCAUUGCACUACAAACAACUGGAUGACUAAAGACGAAUUACAUUUGAAGCCCAAAUAUGAGGAGGGCCAGUUCUUUUCCCUUUACAUAGCUUCUCUGUGGUAUGUGAUCAACUUGAUAACCAUUACUGGAAUGGGAGAUGUAUCAGCUCAGAACGAUUUUGAAGUUAUUGAAACCAUUAUCAUCAGUAUUGUUAUUAAGUUUUGUACUGGUCUUCUAAUAUCGGAAAUGUCAGCCAUGAUUACGGCGCACUCAUCGUCACUCAUUGCCUAUGACUAUAGUAUCAAUGAGCUUAGAGACGGACUUAGGGACAUGGAUCUUAGUGACCAUCAGAUGAACAAGAUGUGGGACUAUGUCCGGGAACUGUGGAACAGGCAGCAGGGAAAGCAGAUGCCAGAAUUAGUCUACAGUCUACCGUACCGGUUUCGGUGUGAAAUAAUGGAAGCGGUGUAUGGAUCUCAUAUACGCGAAUCAGUCAUCUUCAGUAAGACUGAAGACGACUUCAAACGAAUGCUAGCGAUGUGGUUGCGUCACUGCGUGUUCUUCCCAGGGAACUACAUCGUACAAUGCGGGGAUUCUGAUCAGAGCAUCUAUUUUAUACACCGAGGGGAGGUUGAAGUACUAACCGUCCAUCCCAAUUUGACUGAAUCUGUUUAUGAUAUUUUGGGUCCAGAAGACUGUUUCGGGAUUGCUCAGGGUUUGUUCAUAGGAGUGGCGCAUCAUUUCUCGUUCCGAGCGCGAACAGUAGUCGACAUAGUCUACUUAAAGCUGGACCAAUGGAAGUACCUACUUGAUUUCUAUCCAAAAUCAGCUAAAGUUGUUCAUCAAAAAGUGUCUAAUGUUUACAUGGCUAUCUGAAACAUUACUAUUAAGACUUUUGUGUAAGGUAUAAUUUCUCGGGCUUAAUUUUCGUUCGACUCUGUCCACCUCAGAAAGGGUGAAUUUAAACUUCCUUCAAAAAUAUGAAGGCAGUAUCGAACAUUCAAUUUACCUAAGGCAUAAUUAGUUUAUUUAGUGUCAUAACUAGUGCUGAUUUUGCCGAACAAAAAAUAAUUUUAAUUUAGUUUAGUUAGACCGUUUUAAAAAUAGUGCUGUCCUUGACUAACAAUAAGUACAAGAAAGAGAUAGAGCUAGUUUUGGAACGCGCAAACUAAAUUAAA